CUUUACAGCUCCAGCGAUCAGAGAGGGUCAGCUGGCGGAUAAUCCCAGGAUCUUUACCCUUUUUAAAAUAAAAAAAAGUAACUGAGAACCUUAAAGCUCUUGAAGGUUUGUGGAUCCAAACAACAUGGAGGUCACAUUUAAAGCAGUCACUCACAAUCCUGGGAUCAUAAUCUGGAGAGUAGAGAAAAUGGAGCUGGUUCUGGUUUCUGAGAAGACCCAUGGAAACUUUUAUGAGGGUGACUGCUAUGUGCUGCUGUCUACUCACAAGGUGAAGAACGUCUUGAGUUACGAUAUCCACUACUGGAUUGGCUCGGAGUCCUCUCAGGAUGAACAAGGAGCAGCUGCAGUUUAUACUGUGCAGCUUGAUGAAUAUUUAGGCUCCAGUCCAAUUCAACACCGUGAAGUUCAGAACCACGAAUCUGACACUUUCAAAGGCUACUUCAAAAAUGGAAUAAUAUAUAAGAAAGGUGGAGUCGCCACAGGAAUGAGACACGUUGAAACCAACACGUAUGAUGUUAAGAGACUGCUCCAUGUUAAAGGAAAAAAAAGAGUGAUCGCCCAAGAGGUGGAGCUGAGCUGGAAGAGCUUCAACCUUGGUGAUGUGUUUCUGUUGGACACCGGCAAGACCAUCAUUCAGUGGAAUGGACCCAAAAGUAACAAACAAGAAAGACAUAAAGGUCUUCUGUUGGCCAAAGACAUCCGAGACAGAGAGCGAGGAGGCCGGGCGGAGGUCAGAACGGUUGAGGGCGAAGCGGAGAAACAAUCUCCUCAGGAGAUGGAGAUCAUGAACAGCUUUCUUGGGGAGAGAACCUUCAAACUUACAGAUGGGCCUCCAGAUGAAACCUUUGAUCAGGAGCAAAUGGGGAAACUCUCACUUUAUUGUGUGUCGGAUGCUGAUGGUCAAAUGAAGGUAACAGAGGUUGCCACUCGUCCGCUGGUCCAGGACCUGCUUGAUCAUGAGAGCUGCUACCUUCUGGACCAAGGAGGAGCCAAGAUCUUCGUAUGGAAAGGAAAGAAGGCAAACAAAGCUGAAAGGCAAGCUGCGAUGGCUAGAGCCUUGGACUUUAUAAAGACCAAAAACUACCCGUUCACCACGAAUGUGGAGACAGUGAAUGAUGGGGCAGAGUCAGCCAUUUUCAAGCAACUCUUCCAGAGGUGGACCGUCAAAGACCAGACUCAAGGCCUGGGGAAAGUAAACACCAAGGGGAAAGUUGCUCAUGUCAAACAAGAGAAAUUUGAUGCGUCUCUCAUGCACGCCAUGCCAGAGGUUGCUGCGCAGGAGAGGAUGGUGGACGAUGGCUCCGGUCAAGUGGAGGUGUGGAGGAUUGAGAAUCUGGAGCCCGUCCCUGUGGACAGACAGUGGUACGGAUACUUCUAUGGAGGAGACUGUUACCUGAUCCUUUACACUUACUUGGUCAACAACAAGAAGUGCUACCUGCUCUACAUGUGGCAGGGGCGACAUGCUACACAGGAUGAGCUGGCCGCCUGUGCAUUUCAAGCCGUUGCCUUAGAUCAGAAGUACAAUGAUGAACCAGUUCAAGUGAGAGUAACAAUGGGCAAGGAACCAAGACACUUCAUGGCCCUUUUCAAAGGGAAAAUGGUCAUCUUUGAGGGGGGCACAUCUAGAAAAGGGGCUUCUGAACCAGAACCUCCAGUACGACUGUUCCAGGUUCACGGAUCUGACCUGUCCAACACAAAAACCUUCGAAGUUCCUGCCCUGGCCGCAUCUCUCAACUCCAAUGACGUCUUUUUACUCAGGAGCCAAACGCAGAUUUAUCUGUGGUGUGGAAAGGGCUCGAGUGGAGACGAGAGGGCCAUGGCAAAAGAGGUGAGCUCUGUGAUUUGCCUCGACUCCCAAAGAAGCUCCGAAGAGAUUGUGGCUGAGGGUCAGGAGCCCAUGGAGUUCUGGGAAUUGCUUGGAGGGAAAGCUCCGUACGCCAGCAGCAAAAGGCUGCAGCAGGUGCUUUUGGAUUAUCAGCCCCGCCUGUUUGAAUGCUCCAACAAGACGGGUCGUUUCAUUGUGACUGAGGUCACUCACUUUAACCAGGAUGACCUCAACGAAGAUGAUGUCAUGUUACUAGACACCUGGGACCAGGUGUUUCUCUGGGUUGGUAAAGACGCCAAUGAGAUAGAGCGCAAAGAAUCCGUGGCCACAAGCCAAGAGUACCUGCGCACCCACCCAGGUGACAGAGAUCCAGAUACCCCCAUCAUAAUGAUCAAGCAGGGCUUCGAACCUCCCACCUUCACUGGCUGGUUCACUGCAUGGGAUCCCUUCAAAUGGAGCAGUGGAAAAAGCUAUGAAGAAAUGAAGAGAGAACUGGGAGAUGUGGCAUUACCAGUGGACAUCAAACCUCAGGAGCAGAAGACGGUCGAGAGGGAAUAUCAGUCUUUCCCUGCUGACAUGUUGGUCAACAAGCAAGCAAGCGAGCUGCCUGCUGCUGUUGAUCCUGCAGUGAAAGAGAAAUACCUCUCUGAUGGUGACUUCUUUAACGUGUUUGGGAUCAGCAAAGAUGACUUUGUGAGGCUGCCACAAUGGAAGCAACUCAAACUGAAGAAGGAGAAAGGCUUGUUUUGAUGUGCAAAUAUUUUUACUGUUAAAAUGCUGUGAUGUUUGUUUUUCCAAAUCACAGGCCAAAGUUCUUUUCUUCACAAACCAUUUCCAGAUUUUUUCUUAUAUGACACUAUUUAUCAUGUUCUCUGUUUUCUUACAAAUAUCUGUUUCUCUCUGAAAUAAAUAUAAAUGGUUUUAAGUGACCAAAAAACCUUUUAGUCAUUAGAAAACUAUCAAAGAUGCAGGUGAAAUACACAGGUUUCUGCUCUGACUUUUUGCCAUAGGGAUCCCAUGCAGUGAAAUGACUAUUAUGGCAUAGAAUAUUGAAUAUUUUUGGUUUUAUUUAGGAUAAUAGGAGCGGCAUGAACAGAGGACUACUUUGCCAUCUGCUGGGCAAACUGAGCAAAAGCAUCUUAUGAUGAAGGUUUAAUAAAGCUCAAAAUACCUUCA